GUCAAUUGUCGAUUUGUCAAAUCAUCGUUGUUCUGCUAAAAAACUGUACCUACCUGUCUGAAAAUAAAUUUGUUAUUUAAAUAGAGAAAAAGACAUUCAAUAAUGGCUUGCAUCAAAGACGCCGCUACUUUAUAUCAAAAUUUAAAAACGGAAUGGGCGAAAAAACCACGUAAACUAGAUAAAUGCGGUGAACUUCUGAAUAAAAUAAAGAUUGCGCUGACAAAUCUCACAUUUCUACCCAGUAACAACACAGCAGCAAAUCAAAAAGAACUGAUAUUGGCCAGAGAUGUUUUAGAAAUCGGGGCACAGUGGGCUGUGGCUGCCAAAGAUGUUAAAGCUUUUGAGCGGUACAUGUCUCAAUUGAAGUGCUAUUAUUUUGACUACAAAGAUCAUCUCCCAGAAUCAGCCUUCAUGUACCAGCUCCUGGGCCUGAACCUUCUAUUCUUAUUGGCACAAAAUCGUGUAGCUGAAUUCCACACUGAGCUUGAGCGUUUGCCUGUUGAUGUGAUCCGAGCUGAUCCUUAUGUGAAACAUCCUUUGGCACUGGAGCAGUAUCUUAUGGAAGGAAGCUAUAAUAAAAUCUUUUUAGCUAAGGACAAUGUACCAGCAGAGAGCUAUACUCUCUUUAUGGAUACACUCCUUGAUACUGUUAGAGGUGAAAUAGCAGCAUGUAUUGAGAAGGCCUAUCAGAAGAUACCUUGUGCCGAGGCUGCAAGAAGGUUGAACUUGUCUUCACAACAGGCUGUACUUGAAUAUGGGAAGAAGCGCAACUGGGUUCUUGGACCCGACAACAGUUAUCACUUCAACACCAUAGAAGAAACCUGUGCAGCUGCCGCUGGCGUAUUCCCCUCAUCAGAACUUGCAGAACAAACCAUUGAAUAUGCUAGACAUCUCGAAAUGAUUGUGUAAACAUUGAAAUUAGUAGUAAUAAAUUUGCUUUCUAUAAGAGAA